GAGUCCAUGCCAGCACUCAGGCCCAGAUUAAAACCCUAAAGACGCUCAUACCUUUAUCUAUUAUAAAAGCCUGAUAUUAGGUUUUGUGGUUCCAAAUCGGAAGCAGCAGCAGGAGAAGAAUCAGGAGGUCACCAUGGGGAGGAGACCUGCGAGGUGCUACCGUCAGAUCAAGAACAAGCCCUACCCCAAGUCACGGUUCUGUCGUGGUGUCCCUGAUCCUAAGAUCAGAAUUUAUGAUGUUGGGAUGAAGAAGAAGGGUGUUGGUGAGUUCCCCUUCUGUGUCCAUCUUGUGAGUUGGGAGAAGGAAAAUGUGUCGAGUGAGGCGCUUGAGGCUGCUCGUAUUGCCUGCAACAAGUACAUGACUAAGUUUGCUGGGAAGGAUGCGUUCCAUUUGAGAGUCAGGGUGCAUCCGUUCCAUGUUCUCCGCAUCAACAAGAUGCUUUCAUGUGCUGGGGCUGAUAGGCUCCAGACUGGAAUGAGGGGUGCUUUUGGAAAGCCACUAGGAACAUGUGCUCGAGUUGCUAUUGGACAGGUUCUUCUUUCUGUUCGCUGCAGGGAUGCCAACGGUCAUCAUGCACAGGAGGCCCUCCGACGUGCAAAGUUCAAGUUUCCUGGUCGCCAAAAGAUCAUUGUCAGCAGGAAGUGGGGAUUCACCAAGUUUAACCGUAAUGAUUACUUGAAGUUCAAGGCUGAGGGCAAAGUUCAACCAGAUGGUGUUAAUGCUAAGCUUUAUGGAUGCCAUGGUGCUUUAGCUAACCGUCCACCUGGAAAAGCUUUCCUGCCUCAAGCCGUUGCUUGAAGAAUAAGAGUGCUUUAGUUGCGAGCUCAUGCAGAACCGAGCUUAUGUUUUUUGGGUUUUGGCCUGGUCUCCAUUAAACUAGUGUUGAGUUCGUUAGUAUGAGUUGUGAACGCUAGUAUUAUUGAUAAUUUGAUAUAAUUAAUAUAUGUCGAUUAAGACGCAGUUUUAUUUAAUUGAAUGUUGGUUUUUCUAUUAA